AAGGAAAGAAAGGUCUUUCGCUAAAGUACUCCCCCCUGGCCGGAGAAGCUUGCGAGGAACAAUCAUUGGAUGGGGCCGAUGGGCCCUGUCAAGGUAUAUUUGGUUAAAUGUCCCGAUUGGCUCCGUCAUUCAUAUGCGACGGCAGCAGGCGAGUCGGGGGCUGACCGCAUAUGUCGCUUAAGUCCCUUGUAUUCCUUGUGACUCUCGCCUCAGGAGGGAGGCAGGUCGACGCACAGGCAAGACAGAUGUGGAAAAAAAGAAAGAGCGAAAAAGGAAGGUCUGAACGAAAAGGUCUGCGCAGUAGGCAUUACGUGACAUCGCGCGCCAAGCAGCCGACAAUAAAACGAGGAAAAAAGACAUGGAAUCCCAUGCCCCCCACAAAGAUCGGCGCCGUGAGCUGUCAGAUUUCGGAUACUCGUUCAGGAGCCUCCCGGGGGUCUGUCUGUCUUCCCCGACCACACGAUUUAUUUACCAGGGCCAGGGAGGAGCUAUGGCCGCCCCUCGACGGAAGCUUCGAUUGCUGGGACGAUCCCCGAAUGUCGGGCGUCCCGGGGAUUUUCUUGUACCGGCAUGAGGACCCUCUGCCUGCCUGCCUGCCUGCCUGCCUGCCUGCGUCAGAAAUUUGCACGUUGCGAUCUAGGCUGGGGUUGGUUAGAGACGUUGAUGCUCCUUCCCUGCGAGGUGAGUAUGGCUCCAUCGUUCGAUUGGAGCGAGGCCUAGACUCAACUCGGCGCUUUUCUCUGCGCCGCCGUUUCUAUCAUUGCUUUUUUUUUUCAGCCCUUUGUCGGGGAAAAAGAGGAGGCUUAUCUGAAUACGCGGGCAGACCGUUGGGCUAUCCGUUGGUUUGGUUGGCUACAACCUUCAAUCCUCUCGACUCUGUGGUGCGCUGCCCCUUGUCUUUCCAACCCCAAUGUCUUGUGUGUGGGAUUUCUGACACGUCUUUUUUUUUUUUUCUUCCCUCUGAGAGCAAAUCUUUCUGGCUGCCUCCCGCUUUGGGACGACUUGCCUGGCCAAUCAGACGACGAUGGUUUGUUUCUAUUGGAUCAAGAAUUGCCUCGAUCCUGCGGGGGAGAGACAUGCACACAGAGACCCCAAACAUCAAGAAGGGCAGCCAACCUCCUCCCCACCAACGAAGCUUGCGCAGGUACGUUACAGUUUGAGACAGCUAGGAAAUAAAGUUGUGCGAGGAAAGAGAGUAGCAAUGAAUUCUAAACAACAAGGAUAAGAUUAAGGAACAGCGGAGAUGGUGUCG